UGGAGAACAGAAACAUUCGAAAGAGCCUUCAUCUUUGCAAUGCAUGCAUCUGGCAGUUGUGGCAUGUGGGGACCGGCUGGAAGAGACGCUAAUCAUGCUGAAAUCAGCGGUUCUCUUUAGCAACAGGAGGCUCUGUUUUCACAUUUUUGCUGAGGAUUCCCUGAAGCCUGAAUUUGAGAAGAAGCUAAAGGAAUGGCCUGCCUCCUAUACAAAGAAGUUUGAGUACAACAUUUACCCAAUAACCUUCUCCGUAGGAAAUGCUCAGGAAUGGAAAAAGUUAUUCAAACCAUGUGCUGCCCAGCGCCUUUUUCUUCCGGUCAUUUUGAAGGACGUGGAUUCUCUCCUUUACGUGGACACUGACGUUCUCUUCCUGAGGCCCAUCGAUGACAUCUGGCACGUCCUGAAAGAGUUCAACUCCACCCAGCUCGCUGCUAUGGCCCCAGAACACGAAAUACCAAAGAUUGGCUGGUACAGUCGAUUCGCGCGUCACCCUUAUUACGGGACAACUGGAGUCAAUUCUGGAGUGAUGCUAAUGAAUUUGACACGGAUACGCAACACUCAGUUCAAGAACAGCAUGAUGCCGAGUGGUCUGACUUGGGAGGAAAUGUUAUACCCACUAUACCAAAAGUACAAAAAUUACAUUACGUGGGGAGACCAGGAUUUACUAAAUAUAAUUUUUUACUUUAACCCAGAGUGUCUCUAUGUGUUUCCAUGUCAGUGGAACUACCGGCCCGAUCACUGCAUGUAUGGAAGCAACUGCAAAGGUGCAGAAGAAGAAGGUGUCUCUAUCCUGCAUGGAAACAGAGGUGUCUACCAUGAUGACAAACAGCCGACCUUCAAGGCAGUCUAUGAAGUGAUACGUGAUUUCCCAUUUGAAGACAAUCUCUUCCAGUCUUUGUACUACCCUCUGCAGUCUAAGUUUCUGGAUACAGUGCACACUUUAUGUGGGAGAAUUCCACAAGUAUUUUUGAAGCAAAUUGAGAAAACUAUGAAGAAGGUGUAUGAAAAUCGUGUGAUUGUCUACUUGGGGGCCAACCACAGAUACUAAAUGUACCUGUAUUCUUACGCAGAGUUUUGUUAAUUCUUGCACCACAUCUCACGAAGCGUAUGACUGAAGAGUGUGAACUACUUUACUGAAACUCAGAAUUAAAAAUUUCCUUAUCCAGUUUCCUAAUAA